AUGGUUAGUUUCCUCAUUUGGAACGUCCGUGGGGUUGGCAACAUGCCAACUAUCUCCUCUCUUAAAAGGCUUAUUUCCAAGCAUAACCCAAUAUUUGUUAUUCUCCUGGAGCCUAUGCUUCGAGAAGGUAAAAGAGUGGCGACGGGCUUGAAGUUAGGCUUCCACUCUUCUCUCUCCAACGGGGACUUGGGAGCUUCUUUCCACGUGUCGAUUGUCUAUGCUAAAUGCAACAGAUUCUUAAGGAGAGGCCUCUGGGAAGAUAUGUCAGCUUUCUCCAGUUCCUUGUCGGGCCCUUGGGCCGUUUGUGGUGACUUUAAUGCGGUGAUGGAAGCCUUAGAAAGAUGGAGUGGCAGGGUUUUCGAUCAAGCCAGCGCAGACGAGUUCGCAGAGGCAAUUCACUCAGCUGGGCUGAUCAAUGCAGGUUUCUCUGGCAACUGUUUCACCUGGUGUAACAACCAGUCAGGCUCUGCCCGUGUUGUUAGGGCCACCUGGGAGGGAGUGGCCUCCCCCUCUCCACUGCUAAACGUCCAGCUGAAGCUCAGGCCAGUGAAGAUGGUGCUGAAGAUUUGGAACAAGCCAGUUUUCAGAGACGUCUUCAAUCAGGUUCAACAGGCUGAGCGCAAGCUGGAAGAGGCUGACACCAAGCUUCAGCAGGCCUUGGUUGACGACGCUCAGGCUACGGCUGCCCAACAGGAGUUCGUGCUGGCUCAGCAGAACCUUUCCAAGGCUGAACUCAUGGCUGAAAUUUUCUGGAAACAGAAGUCCAUAAUCAAUUGGUUGGCGGAGGGUGAUAGGAAUACCAGGUUCUUUCACACCUCGGUGAAAUGCAAGCAGAGGAAAACUGAAAUUCAAGAGAUCGAGUUGGAGACAGGCGAGUAUGUGACUAACCUAAACGUCAUUAAAUCUGAAGUUGUCAUGCAUUUCCAGCAGUCGUUCAAUGGUGGUGACCCCCAGUCCAGUCCUGCGACCUUGUCCCUCUUUUCAGUGAUUCCUCGGAUUGUUAGUCCUGCAGAUAACGACAUGAUGAUGCGUCCCCCAUCUCUGUUGGAGGUUCACCAGGCCAUUCUCUCCAUCUCCAUUAAUGUUAACGAAGAGGCUGCCGGUUUCUUCCAAUCUUCUAAAGGGUUGUGGCAAGGCGACCCUCUAUCACCCAGCAUUUUUAUCAUUGCGGCUAAAACUCUCAGCCGAGGGAUCAAGGCCUUCAUGGACCGUGGAGCUUGCACGCCUUUUAAGUUGAGGAGAGGCUGCCCAGUUGUCUCUUUAUGCAGAUGA